AUAGGGACAGAUGGCGGGCAGCUCCUCCUCCUCUUCUUCUUCUUCAGGUGUCGUCUGCUCUCCAGUGUCGGUGUGCAGGUGUCAGGUGUCCUCCGGCAGCGCUCGGCCGUGUCCUGUUGCCGGGAGACGCUCAUCUUUAAUUGAGGCCGGCAGACGUGAUGGACGCUCAGAUGCAGCAGGACUCCCAGAACCUCCAGCCCAUGCAGAACGGAGAGGCCAUGAGCCCCGGCCCGCAGGACUCCACGGGUCCCCCAGGGGACGAGGAGAGCCAGAGCACUGUCCCGUCCGCCCCGCCGCUGCCGCCGGACGCCGCGCCCUGCCCCAGGCCCAAACUGGUGUUUCACACGCAGCUGGCGCACGGCAGCCCGACCGGACGCAUCCACGGCUUCACCAACGUCAGGGAGCUCUACGCCAAAAUAGCAGAGGUCUUCAACAUCUCACCCUCUGAGAUCCUCUUCUGCACACUGAACUCGCAUAAAGUGGACAUGCAGAAGCUUCUGGGCGGUCAGAUCGGCCUGGAGGACUUCAUCUUUGCGCAUGUGCGGGGAGAAACCAAAGAGGUGGAGGUCAUUAAAACAGAAGAUGCCCUCGGUUUGACCAUUACCGACAACGGCGCGGGAUACGCCUUCAUUAAAAGAAUAAAGGAGGGCAGCACCAUUGACAGGAUAAAGUCGGUGUGUGUCGGAGAUCACAUCGAGGCCAUCAAUGACCAGAGCAUUGUGGGAUGUCGACAUUAUGAAGUGGCUAAAAUGCUGAAGGAGCAGCCGAGAGGAACCCCAUUCACCCUGCGCCUAGUGGAGCCCAAAAAAGCCUUCGACAUGAUCGGUCAGAGGACUCGGGCCCCUAAGUCCAGCGAGGGGAAGCUGUCGAGCGGCAAAGAAACUCUCCGCCUGCGAACUCGAGGAUCAGCUUCACUGGAGGAGAUUCCCAGUGAACUGGAGGACGCCGCCAUCCGCAAGGUGGACGAUCUGCUGGAGAGUUACAUGGGCAUCAGAGACCUGGAGCUCGCGACGACUAUAGUGGAGGCCGGGAAGAACAAGAAAAACCCAGAUGAUUUCGCCGAGGCUCUCGACUCAGUUCUGGGAGAUUUCGGCUUUCCGGAUGUUUUUCUGUUCGAUGUUUGGGGCGCUUUGGGCGACGUCAAGAAUGGACGCCUUUAAAGACAUCAUUCGGCUUGAUUUACAACAUCUGUCUUCUGUUUUCAUACACACAAUCCUCCCAAUUCCCACGAUGGUCCUGAGGAAUGGAGAACGUCAAGGUAUUAGCUGCUAAUCUACAGGCUAACGCUAACAUUCCAGUGUAAGAUGCAUUUAAACAAGGUCAAACUGCAUUCUCCAGCAAUGUUUAUAGCUAGCUGAGGUCUUUUACAUAAACUUUUACUAGUCUUUUACAUAAUUACUCUGACUAUGAUUAAAGUAUGAGAUAGCUUAGCCUAGCCUAGCCUAGCCUUUGUUUGUUUUGCCGUUGUUUGUGUUAUGUAUAAAUAAACCGUGUUACAGGUGAAAUGAACGAUCGUUAAUGAUUAAUGACAGAUCUUGUGACACAAAUGCCUUGUUUGUAUAUAAAUGAAUCCUUGCAUAUUGACAGAGUUAAAUCAAAUGUACACAUAUCUGAUGUGUAUUUAGCUUAAACAUCUGUUGAAAGUGUUUGUGUAUUGUAUAUCCUGUUUUACAAAGCACAUACUCCUUUUUUGAUGACCUGAUGUGACAUAUUUGAACAUGUAUGAAGAUUAAAAAUGCUCUGGGUUACCACAAAA